AAAUUCCAAAAGCAUAAAAAUAGAAAGAAUGAAGGGCCCAAUACAGACUUAUCCUAGUUUGCAACACUCUCUUCCCGCCCUCUCUUUCCCUCUCGUUCUUCUCCUCCAUAGAUGGCAGAGAGACUAGCUUUACCAGUUCUUCUACCUUGUCCUUCACCCACUAACCUCACAUAUUAUCGCCACUCUCUCUCUUCGCUCUCACAAUCACAGUCACAAUCACCACCAUCAUCUGUUCCCCUAAAACCUGUUGUUCUAGAACCCCAAAACCCCAAAUUUAUCCAGACCCACAACGCCAACAUCUUAAACCCAUCUCUUCUUCAUCUUCCCAAACGACGUCGUCGUCCUCUAGGAAAGUUCCGGGACCCUAACCGUGGCAAACCCUGGACACACCAUAGUCUCUCUCCUCAAGGUCAGCAAAUUUUCAAAAUUCUUGUUGAUAUUGAUUCUCAUUCUUGUAAUUUGGACCAUAUUUUGAUGCAAUUGUUUGAAAAUCAUGGAAUUAGCGGAAAUCAGCAUGUGGGUAUUGUUGGUUUUGAGUCUGUUAAUUCUGACAUUUUGGGUAUUGUCAAGGGUUUAGGGUUCUUGGGGAAGUGCGACUUGGCUUUUAGUGUGUUUAAUUGGGCUCGUAAUCGAAAUGAUUAUCAAAUGUUGUUGGAUGGCCCUGUUGUUGCUGUAAUGAUUAGGAUUCUUGGCAAGGAAGGCCAUGUAUCAGUCGCAGCUUCACUGAUUAAUGAUUUAAAUGAGAAUGGUUUUGAUAUUGAUGUUUAUGCUUAUACUGCUAUGGUGAGUGCAUGUGCUAGUAAUGGGAGGUAUAGGGAGGCUGUGAGUGUUUUUAGGAAAAUGGAGGAUGUUGGGUGUAAACCUACUUUGGUUACUUAUAAUGUUAUUUUGAAUGUUUAUGGUAAGAUGGGUAUGCCGUGGAGUAAAGUUGCUGAAGUUAUGGACAAAAUGAAGCGUGAUGGAAUUGCGGCUGAUUUGUACACUUAUAAUACACUUAUUAGCUGUUGUCGUCGUGGGUCUUUGUUCGAGGAAGCUGCUAAAGUAUUUGAGGAAAUGAAGUUGGAUGGCUUUGUGCCAGAUAAGGUCACAUACAAUGUUCUGCUGGAUGUGUAUGGGAAGUCUCGACGAUAUAAAGAAGCGACAGAAGUUCUGCAAGAGAUGGAGACUCAUGGGUUUUCACCCAGUGAUGUGACUUAUAAUUCUUUGAUUUCAGCUUAUGCAAGGGGUGGUCUGUUAGAGGAGGCUAUGGAGCUUAAAGCUCAAAUGGUUAAGAAAGGGAUCAAACCUGAUGUUUUUACGUACACUUCCCUCUUUUCUGGUUUUGAGAAGGCCGGCAAAGAUGAAUGUGCAAUGAAAGUUUUUGAGGAGAUGAAAAAAGCAGGUUGCAAACCCAACAUUGCCACCUUUAACGCCCUUAUCAAAAUGCAUGGUAAUCGCAAGAAGUUUUCUGAAAUGAUGCGGACGUUUGAAGAAUUGAAGCGUUGCAAUUGUCCCCCUGAUAUUGUUACUUGGAACACUCUUUUGGCUGUGUUUGGACAGAAUGGAAUGGACAUUGAAGUCUCAGGUCUGUUCAGAGAAAUGAAGAGGGCAGGGUUUGUACCUGAGAGAGAUACUUUCAACACCUUAAUAGGUGCUUACAGUCGAUGUGGCUCGUUCAAUCAAUCGAUGGCUGUUUAUAAGAUGAUGCUGGAAGCUGGUGUCAUACCAGAUCUUUCAACAUACAAUGCUGUUUUGGCAGCACUAGCUCGAGGUGGGCUAUGGGAAGAGUCUGAAAAGGUACUUACUGAAAUGAAAGGUGGUCAGUGUAAACCUAAUGAACUGAGCUACUCCUGUUUGCUUCAUGCUUAUGCUAAUGGAAAGCAGAUAGAACAUAUGUGCACUCUUGCAGAGAAGGUGUAUUCUGGUGAAAUUGCACUUCAUCCUGUGCUACUGAAGACCUUAGUUCUUGUAAAUAGCAAAACUGACCUUUUAGUGGAAACAGAACGAGCUUUUAGGGAGUUGAGAAAGAGAGGCUACUCCGUGGAUUUAACUACUUUAAAUGCCAUGAUAUCCAUUUAUGGCCGCCGGCAGAUGGUUAGAAAAGCUAAUGAAAUUCUGGAUUUCAUGAAGGAGAGUGAAUAUACUCCUAGCCUGACAACAUAUAACUCUUUGAUGUACAUGUACAGUCUGUCUGGAUCUUUUUUGAGAGCAGAAGAGGCUUUAAAAGAAAUUGUUGGUAAAGGACUGCAGCCAGAUAUCAUUUCAUAUAAUACUGUUUUAUAUGCUUAUUGCAGAAAUGGUCGAUUGUCAGAUGCUUCUAGAAUUUUCUCUGAGAUGAGGUGCUCAGGGAUUAUUCCUGAUGUAAUAACUUAUAAUAUUAUCAUUGCAUGUUAUGCUGCAAAUGAUAUGUUUCUGGAAGCCAUUGAUAUGGUUCGCUGCAUGAUUAACCAUGAUUGCAGACCUAAUCAAAAUACAUACAAUUCUAUUGUCGAUUUUUAUUGUAAAUUCAAUCGCCCAAAUGAGGCUGAUUUGUUCAUUAAUAAUCUUUGUAAACUUGAUCCGUAUCUCCCAAAGGAUGAAGAAUCAAGGUUAUUGGAGCGAAUAAGAAGUAGAUAUUUUAGGAAAGACUCAUCAUCCUUCUGACGAUUUGAUGUUUGGGAGGCGAAGUUUAGGUGCUAUCCUUGUCAUGAGCUUAUAAGACAAGAGUUUGACUUAUCUAUUCGACUGCAAGUUGAGAAUAUAAGCUUCUGCUGUUCCUAAGGAGGAUGUGAAACUCAAACUUUAAAGACUUUGUGCUUUUCUUUCUAUGACCGGGAGAGGAUUUUUACCAGACUGCAGCUUCACAUCGAUGCCCUCUAAGCUGUUGCUGUGGUGAAUUGUGUAAGCAGGAUCAUUUCAUGCUGCCUAACAUUACAUUGACAACAAGCUCAAUACCUUCACAAUGCUGCUGCAAGGCAGUGAUGUGACUGAGAUGGCAAGAUUCAAUGCCCUGAAAUUACCAGAAUCUCAUCUGAUAUACACUCUAAGAAUGUCAUGUUUUACUGAACCAAAGUUUUGAAUGAAACUUGCAUUAAGUCUAAAAAAUUAUGCCAGUCAUCCCUAAGGCCAAAGCUCUGCAUGGGUUUGGAGCUACAAGAAGCCUAUUUAGAGGAGAAUGAAGGUGUCAAACAAGAGGCAGAAAAAUUGAAUUUGUAGGGACUAGGGACACCAAUGGGCUUAGGCCUUAGAGAGAGCCCAUAAUACCAUAAGCCAAAUGUGAUCUAAGGACAACUGAUAAAAGGAUGGAUGCAAGGUACAAUCUCACCCUCGGUUCCUCCUAUUAAAAGCCAAAUGUAUUUAGGAAUGAUUCCAAGCCUUGGCUAGAAGCAAUUGAUCCAAGGUUGAUGGUGUGGGUUUCAUGUGGUGUAUAUUAAGUAAUUCUACAGUUGAUUGGUUUACUUUUUGCAAUCUAAGUUAUUUAAGAACCUUGCUAGUAACAAUAUCAAAAUUUUGAUACCCUCAAUAAAUUGAAUUAUAUUGACUAAUUAGUACUUAAUACAGAUCUGAAAUCGAUGCUCACAAAUUUAUAUAUUGAUUCAUGGUAUCCAAGUUCCAAACUGGUGGUCCUUCCUCUUCUGAGCAAGUUAAGUUGAUUUGGUGAGACAUGAAGCACAUGAAUUAAUUAAUAAAGGAAUCAACACCUUUGUUUUGUCGCCUAUAUAACAAGUUAUAAGUUAUGUGAGAGUGCUUGGAGAAUGGAGAUGGCAUCCUUCAAAGUUAGGGUUAUUACGAGUUAAUUAAUAGUUGGACUGUUGAUAGAAGAUGAGCCAUAGUUGGACUACUUACACCAAUUUUUCCAGUAAUAACGCAAUGCAAACUAUGUAAUUACCAAUUGAUUGAAAGAGUUAAGUUGUAUUGUGAGUAUUAUAUUCCUCAUCUUUUGUUAUUCAUUGAUUAGAACAAACUUGUAUUAGUUAUGAAUA